AUGGCCCCACGACUCCCACCCCCUCCUCCACCCCCUCCUUCUCGCGCGCCGCUCUUCGAGUCCGCUCCCAACGACCCAACCGAGCUAGGCCUGAUCGGCACGCGCGAGCAGAUUCUUGCCACAUUCCUUCUGCAGCGGCGGGUCGCGCUGUGGCGAGAGAGGCUCGCAACGCAGAAACGGCGAGCCGAGAUCCGGCCUAUCAUAAUCGCGGCCACAGCGGCGCGGGAGGGUAAGGUCCUCGCCGAUGCGCGCGCCGUGGCGGCGGAGGAGGCUGUCGCAGCGGCGGUGGGGCGCGUGGCAGCGGCAGAAGCGGCGGCGGCAGUGGCGGCGAGCCGUGCAAGGGCGGCGGAGGCCGCCGUGGAGAAGGAGCGAGCACUGCGGAGAGAGGCGGAGGGUGCCGCGGCCGCGAGGGUGACGGCCGCGGAGGCCACAGAAGCGGAGGAUGCCGCCGUGGAGGCCGCAGUGGAGGCCGAGGGAGCCGCAUCAGCAGCCACGCCGUCGCCGCGCGCGGCGCCGGGGGAGGCACCUGCUGCGGCGGCUGGCACGGUCGAGGAGCUGAGGCGCGCGCAGGCGGCACUCGCGGCGAUCGAGCUGGAGGGUGCGCAGCUGCGCGCGGACCACGAUGACAUUGUGGCGGCGGCGACGGAGAAGGCGGCAGAGGCCGCGGCGGCGGGGGUGGAAAGGACGGCGGCGGCGGCGGCCGCCGCCGCCGAGGCUGCCGUCGCAGCGCUGCGCGCAGAGCUGGAAGAAGAGGAGUCGAGACGGAGGGACGAGGCGGUGGAGGCGCGGGCGCAGCUCGCCGCGGCGGAGACAGAGUUGGCGAGGUCGCGAGAGGCGGAGGCGGAGGCGAGGGCGAGGGCAGCGGAGCUGGCGGCUGUCUGGGCGGAGCAGGAGGAGGCACGCGCACGCGGAGAGGCGGACGCGGAGGCAGCACGAAAGGAGGGCGUUGAGGCGGCAGCGGCGGCGGCGGCGGCGGCGGCGGCGGCCGCGGCCGAGGCCGAGGCUAUCGAGGCAGCUCAGCUCGCAAAGGCGCGCGGUGACGCUGCAGGGGCGGCGGAGGUGCGCGCGCUGCAGGAGGCCUCCGGCGGCGGCGCUCUUCUCUCUGACGACGACGCGGCGGGCGGGACGGGGCCGGCGGGGCCGGGCGGGGAGCGUGAGGAGGACCGGGCGGCCGCCGUCGCGGAGGCGGUGGCGGAGGCGGUGGCAGAGGCGGUGGAGACAGCGCGGGCAGAGGCGGCGGCCGAGGCGUCGAAAGCGGCGGCGGCGGCCGAGGCGCGGGCGGCGGCGGCGGUGCAGGCGGCGGUGCGGGCGGCGCGCGCGGAGGCGGCGGCUGAGGCGAAGGCGGCUGAGUCGCGCGCGUCGGCGGCAGCGGCGGCGGCGCUGAGCAAGGCCUCCAAGGAUGCAGCCGCGGCGGGCAGGGCGGAGGCGGAGGCGGAGGCGCGGAAGCAGGCGGCGGUGGCCGCGGCGAGGGCGGCGGAGGAGCGCGCCGCUGUCAUCGAGAGCGCCCGAGCAGCGGGCCGCGCCGAGGCGCUUGCCGAGGCGGCCGCAGCAGCCCUGCCACCGCCGGUUGCGACACUACCACCGCCGCCCGCCGCAUUCGACGCGGCAGGACUGUCGCUGUUUGACGCCUUCGGCCCGACUUCGGCGGCGGCCGACCCGUUCCCCUCCCCGCCGACCGCUCCCGCUUUCGCCGCUUUCGACGCGCCGUUCGAGGCUGGUGCGCCGUCGGCUCCUACGCCCGACAUCGGCGCGGCGGCAGCUUCGCCGGCAGCCCCGGCCCUGUCACAGGCUUUACCGACGGCCCCGCCCGCCCUCGGCAGCGCAACCCCGGACGCCUUCUUGGCAGGGGGGCUGGUCUUCACAGGAUCCGAUUUUGGAGGGGUCGCAGGGCGGGACGCCUUGCCGGCGCCCACCAGCACCAGUCCCAGUGCCGUCACGGAGGAGGGGCUACCGCCGCCGUCACAGUGGACGGGGCGGCCUGCACUUGCUUCCGCACUCUCCGCGCCACCGCCGCUCCACCAGGAGUGGGUGCCACCGUCGGCGCCACCGCCCACCUCCUUCCGCAAAAAGGCGUCGAGCGGCGUGGCGCACGGCGUGGGUAAGGCGGCAAGCAGCGCGUUCGCCGUCAAGUCCGCCGCCGCCCGGCUCCGCCCCAGCCUGCCUAAGACGUCGUCCAGCUUGCCGGGGCGGCGCUCAAGCAAGGGGGAUCGGGAGCAUCUCGAGCAUCUGGAGUGA